CAAAAAAAAAAAAAAAAAAUACUUAAUAAAAUAUUCCUCAAUUAAUCCAACUUAAAAAAAUUUCAACAAAGCAAUUGCAAAUCAUUCUGUGUCGAGUCUGGGGCUCUGGGCUGGAAAAAGAAAUGAGAGAAUAGAGAUGGAUGCAGAUAUAGAAGGAGACACUCCUUGUUCUUCUAUGGCCGUUGAAUCAAUUGUUCAUGUUGGAACUGCAGGUGCACUUUGGGGCUUGUGUACUGGACCUUAUGACGCUACCAAAUCAGGUCUUAAUGGAUUUGCUCGUGCCUCUUUCGUGGCAAAAUCAAUAGGCAAAACUGGCGCUCAAUGUGGACUUUUCGCUGGAAUGUUUACCAUGACUCGAUGUGUCAUUCAAAACUAUCGUGGACGCUCAGAUGUGUUUAAUGCUGCAGCUGCAGGUGCUGUAGUUGGAGCUCUUAUAGCAUCUGGAACUCAAAGUAGGAAGCAGGUUGUUGGGAUGGCUGCUCUUCUUUCCAUCUUAGGUGCUGCGGCCGAUUACUCCAGGACCUUAUGAUUUUUAGUAUUUCCUUAAGAAUGUGAGGUUUCUUUUCGUCCUUAGCUCCCAUUUUUCCAUUGAUUGCUUUCACACUGUACAAUGAGUUCAAGACAUUGAUUAUUCUUGAACCGAGAAUCUCAUUUUGUAGGUUCUUUUGUUUCAACUCUGUUGUAUGAGCUUCAACCUGUGUUCAUACUGAAAAUCAAUUUCUUUAAUGAAAUUAAUAAUUAUACAAAAAUUUGGUUUGGGGAGUCUGUCCC